AUGAACCUGGAGGGGGGCAAGUUCACUGCGUCCAUCACCAAGUUGUUGCAGGGUUACAAAGUCUUUGUAAGCUCGUGCUUUUAUCACAGUUGCACAGACUGCAACCUUUCGACGUUCCCGUCGUGCAGAGAGCUGAGAACCAAGCAUCUGCUGCGAUUAAGCUUCCGCGGGUUGGAAGCCCGGUCCAGCAUUUUCAAGCUGGACGAAGGAGAGGCGAGCGGGCCCGGAGGCCCCCCCUUUGUGCUGAGACACAGAACUUCCAGCAAUGCGGAGCACACGGGAGAUAGCACGGCGGCGGCGAAGGGCCAUGUCGCCACCACCUCAGGUUCUUCAAACGGGCACCUCACCACCACUCAGUGCCACUUGCACAAUGGGAGCCUCCUGACGGGCGAUGAGGAGAGGAGAAAAAUGGAGGAGGAUGCCAGAGGAGAACGAGAAGAGGAAGAGGGCAGAGAAGAAGGCUUCAUGGGAAUGACGCCGCUUCUUCAAGCACACCACGCCAUGGAGAAGAUGGAGGAGUUUGUACACAAGGUGUGGGAAGGCCGGUGGCGCGUCAUCCCGCACGACGUGCUCCCCGAUUGGCUAAAAGACAACGACUUCCUACUGCACGGCCACAGGCCGCCCAUGCCUUCGUUCCGCGCCUGCUUCAGGAGCAUCUUCAGGAUCCACACCGAGACCGGCAACAUCUGGACGCACCUGCUAGGCUGCCUGUUUUUCCUCUGCUUGGGCCUCAUGUACAUGUUCCGACCAAACAUGUCUUUUGUGGCGCCGGUCCAGGAGAAGGUGGCUAUUGGAAUGUUCUUCCUGGGUGCCAUCCUCUGCCUGUCCUUCUCAUGGCUCUUCCACACUGUCUACUGCCAUUCCGAGGGCGUGUCCAGAGUCUUCUCCAAGCUAGACUACAGCGGAAUCGCCUUCCUGAUCGUGGGCUCGUUCGUGCCGUGGCUCUACUACUCCUUUUACUGCUCACCUCAACCGUGCAUCAUCUACCUGCUGGUGGUGUGUGUACUGGGCCUCUCCGCCAUCACUGUAUCCCAGUGCGACUUCUUCGCCACGCCGCAAUACCGAGGCGUCCGCGCAGCUGUAUUUGUAGGCUUGGGACUGAGCGGCGUGGUGCCCACACUUCAUUUUGUCAUCAGUGAGGGGCUCAUCAGAGCCACCACCAUCGGUCAGAUGGGCUGGCUUUUCCUCAUGGCCACCCUUUACAUCACCGGAGCCUGCCUGUAUGCCGCUCGCAUACCGGAGAGGUUCUUCCCCGGAAAAUGCGACAUCUGGUUCCAUUCUCACCAGUUGUUCCAUAUCUUGGUGGUUGCGGGCGCUUUCGUACACUUCCACGGCGUCUCCAACCUGCAGGAAUUCCGUUACACGGCCGGAGCGGGAUGCACCGACGACGGAAUGCUCUAACGUACUCACGUUCGCCUUCACCUUACUACAGGGAGCCGUCGCUUCUUUCUAAUGACGUGCACUCGCCGGCUUGCCGGAGGAGGACAUUUUGGCUCACAAGGGACGCCGUUUCAAAAAGUGACGCGUUUCUAAAGGGUUGACUAACCCAGGUUGGCACCUCCGGAUAACAACCAAUUCUUCUUGAAGAUUUUCAUGAUUUUUAUUGCAGAGGAAAUUUUUUUCUAUUCAAAACAUGUUGGGGUGAGCUUUUGUUUGAAUGCUGAUUUUCUAAUUCAAAUCUAAGAGCAUUCAUAUAUAUAUUAAAAAAAUACUUGAAUAUCUUCCUGAAUUGUGAAGGUUGUAAGGGGCUUCUAUGGGGUGUCACUUUUAAUAAUAGUAAUAAUGGAAACAUUUUCCAUGUAAAUAAGAUUUCUAAAUUUGGGUUAUAGAUUUGUAUGAAAUAUAUAUAUUAAAAGGAACAAAAAAUAAGGCUGUGCUAGUGAGGAUGGGGGUGCUGCAGUGGACCUUUUAUUUUCCUGAAUAUGCAAGGAGAAGCAUUAAAAAAUCUGUCCAUUUUUCCACGGGCAAUUGGGAAUUUUUCCUCAUUUGCCAUGCGUCCAGCUCACUUUUAUGUGAGCGUUUGCGCUUGAAACCAAAUCUAAGAUAUGAGUGAAUAAUCUUAAUAUGUAGCCAUUUUCAUUCAUCUGUUUUGUAUGUUUUUUUAUGCCUUUUAGUAAGGAUGAACCAAAUAAAAAUAAAAAAAAGCACACAUAAAACAAAUUAUCCUACCUGUUUGUAUGACUUUUAAAGUUUAUUUUUAAUUUGUGGGAAAAUGUUUUUGUCAACACGCUCUGGUUUGAUUGGUGGGUGACUUCAAAUAUCUGCUUUUCUUAUAAAGGAUUUUGUUUACCUUCGAUUAAUUUAUUGCAAUUCUGAUGGUAUAUCGUAUGUUGACGCGCACUUUGCAUUGUGACGGGAGUGUUUGCUUCAGAGACUUUUAACGUCUGCUGUAUUGUUCUAAUAAAAGAUGCUUUGAUGAA